UUUUCUAACGAGAGAUAGAAAAUGUCAGUACCACUCAAAUCAACGUUUUCCAUGUCUUCUUCUCAAUGUUCAUCUUCAUCUUCACAAAAAUCAAGCUCUGUGAAACUGAAGUCCCUAAUCCAAAUUCUCAUCAUCACUCAAGUUUGUCGACUAAUCCGAAAAAUCUCUAGAGCUUCAUCCAUUCUUGUUAGAGUCUUGAGGAAGAAGCAAUACAAUCUUUUGUCAAUGUCUUGUUCGUUCUAUCCAAAAAGAACCUCCAAGAAACAAAAGAAUAAUAUAUUCUUCGGCUCCUUCAGACUUCAUUACAACUUUUGCUCUUCUCACGUGGUGCCUGUCUCUGCCCCGGUGCGUCUCCCUGAAGAACUCUACUUGGCUCAUCUACAAUACGACUCUACUUGGGAGUCAAUGCAUUCGACUGAGUUUAUUGAUGGUCUAGGAGAUGAUGUUGGUGAUGAAAUUCAAGAACCAUCUCAGCUCUCUAGCUAUCUAAAACAGCUUGAGGAUGAUAAAGCUAAAGAUGGCAAAGAAGAAGAAGAAGAAGAAGAAGAAGAGGGGAAAGAGAUGAAGAUGAUGAAUGAGAUUGAUAAACUGGCUGAUAUGUUUAUUGCAUAUAGUCAUGAGAAGUUCAUGUUGGAGAAGGUUGAUUCGUAUAGGAGAUUUCAAGAAAUGCUGAAUACUAGCAGUUGAUGAUGAUUAUGAUGGACCCAUUUGACUCUUUCAUUUCUUUUUAUGUAAUUUCACUUUUCCUUCUUUUUCUUUUUGAAUUCCUUCUUGGUGUUCUAAUUAUCUGGAAAUGUAUUGGAAGCAUAGGGGGAUGCAUGGAUUGUGUGGUGUGUGUUGUGUUACAAAUAUAUGGUUGAUGAUGGUGGUGGUUCACAAAAAUAUAACUAGUAUAGACAAUCCAAAAAGGAAAUCAGAGGAUGAGAAUAUGGUUAAUUGGUAUUUUGUUA